GCGCCUGGCCCCUCGCACAAACCCUUUCUUGGUCGCUUUCGUUAGACUCACACCCUCUCAUCCCCUGCCAUUAGCUCCCCACUUCCCUGUCGCCGCAAUUGCAUGGGGUGAGGGCACCUUCUGAGAGGAACAGUAGGGACAGGAGAUACCUGGAGCUUGACGUGGUAGCACCUGCCCUGAAUUUACCUUACCCUCACUUCACCUUAACACUGGCCCAACUCUCCCUCACCUCCCCUUCUUACUUCUCCAUCAUACAUAUCUCUCAGUCCUUCAACUCUCCACUCGCAACCUCCUCUUCUCCAUCAGCAUUCCCAUCAAGUGCAAUCAAAACACCAUAUUAAAGCUGGAAUCUUAUUCCUGUUUGACCUUGGUCCAGGGGAUGGCACCUCGUUUGUACAUGCACUGUUGUCACCCGUGAAGGAAAAAGAAACAAAUUUACAAAAAAAAAAAAAAAAAAAAAAAAAAAAAAAAAAAAAAAAAAAAAAAAAAAAAAAAAAGGAAAAGAAAAAGAAAAAAGAAGGACGCUCACGAACGAGAACAAACCACUCUCUUCCCGUUUCUAUUCGGGGUGUCAGACAUAUCUCAAUCUCACGUCGAUCAACAAACGCUUCUUUGGGAGGAUAUCUCCUCUUGCAGACAAGCACAGCGAGACAGACAGCAGCAGCAGUAGGAGGGAGACAGUACAUAUUUUGUCUCUCACCUGACUAUUUCCGCACCCCUAAGAAAAAGGGAAAGGAAGGGCAAAAAGGGCCUAAAAGUGUCCCCUCUUUUAUUUAUUUUUUUCUUCCCUCACCCCCAGUACCAAGUCUCAAGUCUCAAAUCCCAGUCUUCGCAAAGCAAAUCCACAAUCCACAAUCCCCAAAAACCCCAGGCUCCAUUUACGGUUGGGUGGUUCCUGGUUCCUCCCACGCACUGCACCGCACGCACGCACGUACACCGUCGACGUGGAUCAGAUUGGAUCGGAGGUUCCUCCCAUCCCAUUCCCUCCCUCGCUAUAAUUGUCGGCCUGUCCCGCCCACGUCAGAGACCAUUUUCACCCUCCUCCGCCUCUCAGGAACCAGAACCUCUGUCAGGCCAGGCUUAGGAUUGCGGUUCCAAGACCUCGUGGAAUUUGCUGUCAUCUCCCGCCGAGACAUACACUCACUCACCCAUUCUUGACUCGCAGCAAUCGGUCAUCCCGUCGACCUACAAUACAGUAGGCACAAGACACGCGCGACAGCUCAAGAGAAUUGAAAGACAGACCAGGAUCUCGACGACUCGGUUUAGAUUAUUUGACCAUUUCCCUUUCCCUCCACUUCGACUUGGUCCUGGAUUAUUUCCACCGCCAAAUGCUCAGUUGCAGAAACGUCCCUCAACCCAUUCAACUGCACGCAUUUGGUAUUAUCGUCGCUGACCGCAUCUGCCCGUCUGCGGCCCUUUGCGCCUCAACAUAGCAUGGCCGACGACAGCUACCGAAAAGAGUAUCCCCAGCAGAGCCGCCCAGAAGACACUCACUCUCGACCCCAGUCACAUUAUCCCCCUCCGCCGGAUACCGCCCAGCGGCCCUCCGACGCUCCUCCAUCCAGCAUGGCUACAUCAGUUACUUUGCCCUCCAUACACGACUCCCGCGGCUACGGCCCGCCGCCUGCAGCUCCGGGACGUGGCUAUCCUGCCGACCCGCGAUACGCAUCUCCCAAUGCCGUCAAUGGCUACCCUCCUCCCGGCCACCAGCCUCCGCCCGGUCAACCUCAACAGUACCUUCCGCCUUUGCAGCCGCAAUCUGAUCCCCGAUCUUCGGCCUAUCCUCCUCCGCCGCCGGACCAACGAGGUGGUUACUACGAUGACCGCCGUCCACCAUACGGGCAAGAGGCGUAUAGCACGGAUCCCUACUAUGCCUACUAUCGCGGACAACCUCCUCCUCCAGGACCUCCACCGCCAAAUGGCCACCCAGGCUACCGUCAUAUUCCUGCCGGCGUUUAUGAAUACCCCCCAGUCGGACAUGGCAGUGCGCCUCCUCUGACACAGGCAGCCCCGCGACAACGAACAUCAAUUGCUUGCAGAUAUUGCCGGAAGAGAAAGAUCCGCUGCAGCGGCUACCAGAGCGCCCCCGGUGGCAAAUGCCAGAACUGCGCCCGUAUGAACCAAGAAUGUAUCUUUCAGCCCGUAUCUUCUUCAAGCUCGACAGCUUUUAUCCCCGUGUCAGCGCUCCCAGGAGGUGUACCUCCGGGCACUCAACUCUUCGGUGCCUAUGGGCAACCACUGGCACCAGGCACAGUCCCAGCACCUCCACCACCCCAUGCUGCUUAUCAGCAUUCUAGUGCCCCUCCCCCUCCUGGGAACUACUACGCGCCUGUCCAGUCACCCACAGAAUCCUUUUCGUCUUAUGGCGAAGCGAGAACCGAUGACGGCAGCCAGCUUGCAGGGCGACGACGUCGCAGGACGUCAGAAGAACAGGAUGAAGGCUAUAGACUGCCUCCUCCACGAAGUGCCGUGGAUGAAGACCCGCGCAGAAGGUCUCCAGCAGAAUUUUCAAACCACAGCAGCCCAGGUGGAGUGGGGUACCCUCCGUAUCAAGGUGCAAGACAGAGCCCACGAAACCCAACGAGCGGCAGUUUGCCUCAAGCUGCAACAACUGGUAGUUAUGCAGCUUCUGCACCCGGCGGUCGUUCCCCGACAGGCCAAAAUGGGUCAAGUGGUGCGUCCACCCCUGCGAGACAGGGACAGCAGUCCCAAGGAGGAAAUGCAUCGAUCAUGAGUCUGAGCAAUUUGGUAGAUAAAAGCGAUAUCGACAAGACUAUGAUUGACAGGCUCAACCGACCUGCACCUGGUCAGCCUGGCGCACGACGAGAUGUCAGCCGCUAAGGAGAUUGCAGGGUGAGAGUUGACGCUGCCGGACACGUCAACGGAGAGGGUCGGAAUUACAUAUGACAACGCUUGCCGAAGAGUCUGUUGGUUUCCGCUGGAAGGCUGCCGACAAGUUGAUGACGAAUGCAUUGUUUCUAAUACCCUUUCCGAAUCGAUUACACGCCUACAUUUUCGUUGACCGGGAAGUGACAGGAGCGUGGCUCAACUGAGGAGGAAAAGGAAAAACAGCGAGCGGGGGGGAUCGCGAUAACAAAUACAGGACAAGAUGUCAGGAUCUAGAAAAAGACGCGAGUUUGGCGACAAACAACCCCUCCGUUCGGUUCUCAUGGUUUAUUGGACCUUUUGUUAUGCGGCACUUGAUUUUAUGUGAAUUGUCCUUGACAGACUGUUCGUUUCUCGGAGGGGGAAGGAUUUUGCCCGAAAAGCAACCACUGCGAAGUCGUUGUAUUAUUUUUAAUCGGUCGGCCACUAUGUGUUUCCAGGAAAGACGGAUAGCCUCACGGCACCAUACGGGUUUGUUUUGUUUAUGUUGAUGCUUUGUCACGUUUGUACAUUUGAGUUGUUUAUGUUGUCUCUUCGGCUAUUGUUGCCAUUUGGGUAGAGAGAAUGAGAGCCGUAGCGAUAUGGUCUCGGGUGACGUUUAAGGGUGUUCUGGAGACUGGAGGAAAGAGAAAAGCCAGGUCCUAGCAAAAGGUACUGGACGAGAAGAUGACAAGCAAAACAGAGUGAGCGAGCUCAGGGCUUCGAGAGGAGGAUGAUAGCAAAGGAUGCGGGGUUGAUUCUGAAGAUUCCUUUCACUUUUGUUAUUUUUUUGCCUACGUACUUGAGUACUGAUCGCGAUGGUCAAAUCCAAUAGGGUGAUGACCAUGUAUAAACAGAAUUAUUGUUGUGAAUUUGAUCAAGA